AUGGCCUUCGCGUUAGCCGGUGACGUACUCUAUAUGAUCUUGGAUAUCCUGGGCGAUGAGAAGGAUUACAACAGCCUUUUUCAAUGCGCAAUUUCUUCAAAAUGCUUUACUGAGCAUUCCUUGGCGGUAUUAUACAAGUUAUGUGAUACUUCGCCAGUGAGGGGCGGAGGUACAGAAGACGAGCAGUUCAGGUCUCGGAGAGUAGCCACCGUUUGGUCUUCCAAAGGCGAACAGGAUCCAGUCAUACGAAAAUGGGCCCUAUUAUGGCGUUCUGUUAUCCUGUCUACUUUGGACCAAACCUACCUCCCGUACUAUAGCUAUAUCCGCUAUCUUGAUUUGGAUGACUUCGGGGACCUCCUUAAGGAACCGCGAUUUACGAAGACGAUGAAAGAUGAUUUCUUUACCCCGGAGCUGUUGGAAAUGGUGUCCCACGACUACGAAGUCAAGGGAUCCAAACGACUCCGUUCGUCAAAAGCCUAUCCUGACAAUGAUUGGGUCAUGGUGAAGAUUGGCACAGCAAUUAUCCAGAAGACUAGGUCAAUACGAGGAAUGUCUUGUAACGUACCACCGGAAACCCUCUCUGCAUGGAUCGAAGGGUUACCCUUGCUGAAGUCCCUGACAAUAUGGUCCGGGGAUGCACUAAGCCAACAUGCUGGCGAUAAGAUCCGCCACCACUCUCCUGAUUUUAAACAGCUUACAUUAUAUGGGUGGAAGAAUGAUCCACCAAGAAACGCGGAGGCUGACUCUGAACAAUUUUUGACCGAAUUGCGCCCCAAUACGCUAGAGUACUUCGAAGUACUCAGCUACUCUCAGCUGGGGCCUCGUUCUAUCAAAUCACUAGGGCUGCAUUUGGAAUCUCUAGCUGAGCUGAAGCUUACGAGUCUUACCAUCGAGACAAUCGCAGAACUGCCCUCACUAACGGCAGCGCCAGCCUUGAAAGUACUGGUACUGACUGACUCGAUACCGGCUACGCGAGACGAAAACUUUUACACAAUUGUCACUCGAGUUGCUGAAUGGAUAUGCAGUUGCAAGGCCUUGCAACGCUUGGAACUCAGACGAUUUGUCGACGACUCUUACCUGUUAUCGCAGGUCCUACCCCAUGAAGGGCUCCGUCUAACAACGCUAUCUUUAUCCGGGUACGCAAUGGCGGACAGCCGUCUUUUCCACGAGGCUCUGGCUAGCCAGCGAACUUUGGAAAAUCUUUACCUUCGCGGCGAAGGGAGCGAGUUUCCACCGGGCAACGAAAUACUUGCAGAUGUGAUUAGCCAGCUCAGCAAUCUCCGAGAGCUGGAACUCAAGGAUAUUUCUGACGGCUUUACUACAGACCAUGUGGCUUACAUGGCACAUAUGCUCCCUCAUCUCGAGAGACUUUGGAUAAGCGGCGAAUUCUUCGAUGAUACAACGCUGUCUGCGUUCCUGGAUCUACCAAGCCUCCAAAGUCUUUCCAUCCACGCCUUCAGCAACUUCACCGCCGACGGCAUACUCUCUUUCAUUUCACAAUUGGGGCCAAAGAACAGAGGCUUCAACCUGGCUAUCCUAAAUGCAGUCGAUAGCACUCUUACCGAAGAAGCGCAAAAUGUAAUCCGCGAGACUCUGAAAGUGAGUCUAGAUGGGACAUUCGACUAUGGUUUGGCUCAGGAGGAGGAUAGCGAUCUAGAUUCAGAUCAGAUGUCGGACUGA